CGAAAAUACCACACAGAAACAAGGGACUAAACCGUGAAGGAAACAGUUCACCUGAAAGCAAUCGGUAAAAAUAUAUCAGGUGCUGGUUUGCGGACAUAGAGAGGAAACCGAGACAACAAGUCCUUGCCAUGAGGAUUCACCCGGACCCGCACGAAUCGACUGGGCUUGUGGAAUUACGACAAGCUCCGUGUCGCAAAUGUUACAGUGGCAACUGGAAAGAAUUCGAUCGAUUGUUGCACACGAUGACGACGCUGGUAGUGAUGUUGUUGGCGUUGCCAUCGUUUCCGGCGUCCGUUAUCCCUUCUGUGUCGGCACUUACAACGACGACGACAGGGACAGCAGCGCAUCUUCCCGCUAGCACGAGGCACUCCCCUCCACUUCGGCCUUUUGUGGACAGUUACCAAACAAGAGCAACGGCGGUUGACGACGCAUCCACCAGCGAACGAUGGACCCUGCAGGAAAUGGAAGACUUUGCGGACUCGGUCGGCGUGGUGGUCUCCCUGACCACCUUCGGACCGGGGUACCGCGCUGUGGCACGGGCGAAGCACGACGAGUCUAUCAUCAUGGGCUACGUUGAGGGCUUUUUGCGGCCGACCCAGCCCGAGCUGUUGCACAUCGACAAGAUGGAGAUUUUCCAGCCGGUGAUGGACCGAGUCCGGAGGGCCCGACCGGGGAGCCUCGAGUUUGGCGGCAUCUCCAUCGGCCUUGGCCUCCUGAUGGGAUACCGCUGUCUGUUGCACGCCACCGCGGAAGAAGAGUCUAGGGGACGGAAGCCCCGAACAAUCGCAGAGUUCCUAGCGAUCGACGACGAGGAGUUUCAGCACAAGCGCCUAGUUCGGUACUACCGGUACGCUGGGUUCAAGGUAGUGAAAUAUGUUGGGGACGAGUUCGAGAGCAUCCCGGAUCGGCUUGUGUGGGGGGGUUGUGGGACGCUGAUGGAACAGGAUAUUUCGGUUCUGAUGGACAAGUGGUCCUCCCUCUUCGACCUGAUGAAAACAAGGGCGGAAAACGGUACGAACAGCACCAGCGACGAGAAGACUAAGUAAUCAAAAGGAGCAUGCUCGUUCGUUUCAGAACAAAAGGCCCGAUGCUGUCGUUGCCGUGAUGCUUGUCUACAGCCUUUACCUAAAAAAGAUAGGUUGCGAAU